AAACUUUGAAAAUAGAAUUUUUCAGCAGUAGCUUCGAGAGUCGGCAGUAAGGACAGGCGUUUAUAAAUUUGUGUAUCUGUAGUGUAAAUAUUAUAUAUUAUGGUAAUACUGUACUGUUAAAAUGACUCAUAUGGAAAAAGGUACCACCUGGCACCUGAAGCAGUACCAGCUCCUAGGCUUGGAGUCACAGCCAGGGCUAACCCUCGACGGGAGCAUCAGCGGGACCCUGUGCUUGUCUCUAGAGGGCCCCUGGCUGUUUGUAAUCCACAAACGCUGUGUUAUUGAGAAUAUCAACCUUCUGACCGCUCAUGAGAACCUUAAAGGGACAUGGAACAGCUGUGUACUGAUGUUCAGCUUGGAUUUCAACGUGUUCAGCCGGCAGUUCAAUGUGGACUUUUUGGACACGGCAAGUGCUUCGGGCGCGGAUCACUGCAAAGCGUGCGUCACGCGCCUUCAGAAGUACUUCAAGAUUUUCAACAUGAAUGGCAGUCCUGUGUCCUGUGAGAUGACAUUGCCAGAAGCUUUCAAACACUUUGUGGAGCAGCAGAACAAACAGGGUGGCAGUGUGAUUGCAGCGGCAGGAGCAUGCUUCCCCGACAACUUCCCCGUGGAGGACGCCCUGAAGCUGAUCGUUGCAGACCCUGGGUUCGGGCCCCUGGUGGCGAGGGUGCAGCGAGUCUUCGAGAGCCUGUCCCUGCAGAGAGCAGGUUCGCCAUCGCCGCCACCCCCCAGGAACCCGUAGUACCGCAGACAGUCAUGCAAAACUAGAGGUGAAAACACAUGCUAAUGUUUCACUUUGAGGCUAAGUCAAAGCUAUAAAUAAUUUGAACGUCUCAUAUUAAUUAAAAAGGUUUUUACGUAAAACUUUGAGAUUAAAUAAGAUUUAAAAAUAUCAUAUUGUUACAAAAAUAACCACAUAUAAGCUAAACUAAAAGAGAUUUUCUGUACAUAAUUACCUACACCUGAAAGAAAAUAUUUAAUGAAAAUAUUUGAAUUCCGAUUAUUAUUUUCAAAGUUUCGUCAAUUCUUACUGAAUAUUCAGUCGUUAUCAGUAGUGUUAAGAUUUGAACACUUAAGAAAUCUUGUUAAUGAGUUAUAACGUAAUGUGAAUAUUUCAGUUAAAGUGGUAGUUUCCAUAAUUAUUUUACUUUAAAUAUUUUUUUUUUUUGCACAUGGUUUUAAAUAAAUUCAUAUUAUAACCACAUUAAUUUGUUUACAAUAGGUUUUCCUACUAAAAAGAAGUCCUUAUUAAAUGGUUUGAAUGCACUUAAGACACAUUUUUGUUUAGUCCUAACAUCUACUGAAAGCAUGUAGUAUAACAGUUUUGGAUUAACUGUUUUGUGUGUAGCCUUCAUCUUAAAAGCUCUUCAUCUUCUUAUAUCAAUUAUAAUUUGAUAAUAAUCAGGUUUCCCUAAAGCAUGGAAAACAAAUUAUUUCAGGUAUAAUAAGAAAAAUCUUUGUUAAAAUAUUAAAAUUUUUGUAAUAGUGUAUUUUUAUGCAGCUCACCUUAACUAACCAAACCACUCACUUCAGUAAUUGUUUAUCUUUUUUCCCAGAGCCGCUAUUCUACGUAUUUAUUUAAAAGAAUUUCAUGAAACGCAAAGUAAAAAAAAA